GUUCGAGUAGAAUUGCGAGCUUCACAUUUAGAGCCUAGCUCAAGAUUGACAGUGUCGACUAGGCUCGAUCACGCCCACGCACCUGACGAAGUGUCGUUUACAGUUUCAGCUUUGAUUUCAGACUCGAGAGACCGCAAAAAUGGCAGCACUUUUGACUUCUUCCGUCUGAAAAAUCCUCAACUGAUGAUAGCUUAUAACUAAACAACAAACAAAACAAUGGGUAACCUUUUAAUUAUCUUCUUUACCACUCUUUUCAUCUCUCUCCGGUCGGCCACAUCAUCGCCGGAAAAUCACCGUUACAAUGUAGGAGAUCCUGUUCCUCUGUUUGUCAACAAAGUGGGUGCUUUGCAUAAUCCUAGUGAGACCUACCCAUAUUAUGAUUUCCCAUUCUGUCGUCCAGAUAAUGUAGUUUUGAAGAAGGAAACUCUUGGUGAAGUAUUGAAUGGUGAUCGUUUGAGUAGUGCUUUUUAUGAGUUGAAUUUUAAGGAGGAUAAAACUGAGGUGACACUUUGUAGGAAGAAGAUUACAAGUCAUGAGAUUUUGAUGCUGAGAGAUGCUAUUGCUAGUGAAUUCUACUUCCAAAUGUAUUAUGACGAUCUCCCAUUGUGGGGUUUUGUUGGGAAAGUUGAGGAUCAGAAUCCGGUUGCUGGUGAGAAGGAAUUUAGGUAUUAUCUGUUUAAACAUAUUGAGUUUGAUGUUCUUUACAAUGGUGAUCGAGUCAUUGAAGUUAGUGCUUUUAGUAAUCCGAAUCAUGCUGUGGAUAUUACUGACGAUGUCGAUGUGGAUGUUGAGUUUACUUAUUCAAUUCUCUGGAAUGCUACUCUGGCUAGUUAUGGGACUCGGAUGGAUAGAUAUUCGAGGGCUGCAUUGUUUCCGAUACACCGACAGAUUCAUUGGUUCUCGUUUCUUAACUCGAUUGUUACUAUUUUGCUCUUGAUGGGAUUGCUUGCAGGGCUAUUUAUGCGGCGCCUCAAGAAUGAUUUGAGAAAAUCUUCUGGUGGAGAUGAAGAAGAAGAUAAGGAGGUUGGAUGGAAAUAUAUUCAUGGUGAUGUUUUUAGAUACCCACAAAACAUCGCCCUGUUUUCUGCUGUCUUGGGCAUGGGUACCCAAUUGCUGACAAUGGUUUUCUUUCUAUUUGUAUUGGCAUUUGUUGGUUUAGUGUAUCCGUAUAACCGUGGAGCAUUAUGCACUUCCUUGAUUUUAAUUUAUACUCUUACAUCUGUGGUUGGAGGUUAUGCUGCUUCUUCUUUCCACAAUAAAUUUGCUGAAACUGGAUGGAAACGGAGCAUUCUUCUGACAGGGAUUGUAUUCCUGGGUCCUUUGUUUGUGAUCCUGUCCAUUUUGAAUAUCAUUGCUGUAUCAUAUGGGGCAACAGUGGCCCUUCCAUUUGGAACAAUUCUGGUGAUUUUUCUCAUUCUCGUAUUUUUAAUGGUUCCAUUGCUUGCCUUUGGAGGGGUGAUGGGAUACCAUUUCAGGUCUGAAUUUCAAGCACCUUCUGCUACAAAAAGGUUCCCAAGGGAGAUUCCACCAUUAGGAUGGUAUCGGAAAACACCUUCUCAAAUGUUUCUUGCCGGUCUUCUAUCUUGUAGUGCAGUUGUCCUUGAGCUACACCAUCUAUAUGCAAGCUUAUGGGGCUACAAAAUAUGUACUCUUCCCAGCAUUUUGUUCGUCACAUUUGUCAUACUUAUCUUACUCACUGCAAUCUUGAGCGUUGGGAUUACGUACAUUCAACUUUCUGCAGAAGAUCAUCAAUGGUGGUGGAGGUCUGUGUUGUGUGGAGGCUCACCGGCCAUAUUUAUGUUUAUUUAUUGCUUCUUCGUCUUGGCUAAAUCAAGUAUGAGUGGGUUCUUGCAGCUAUCUUUCUUCAUCGGGUAUAAUGCUUGCAUGUGCUACGCAUUUUUCUUGAUGCUCGGUACAGUCAGUUUUUAUGCUUCCUUCGCAUUUGUUUCCCACAUCUAUCAUGCUGUUAAGAGCGAAUAAGCAAGCUUCGGUUUUUUUUUUGACAUCGGUAAUGGUCCAUUACUUUUCUGGUGAAAUCCCCUCGACGGUUUAAGGGAGAUGGAGAGAGCGGAGAGGAGCACAAUUUUGUAAUCUCGGUCAUGACUUCUAUGAACGAAAGCGGAAAAUCAUAACUUUGUGGUUUUUGAAGGUGAAUCCGUGCUCAACAGAUUAUGAUUACUGGUUGUUUAUUAAAUGUUCGCAUUCUUGUAUAUUGAUAUUUGGGGGCGAUUGUUUUUAAGAGCCUUGUUUAGCUAGGUUUUUAUAGUGGUAAUGAGCAAAACAAAGCGGUUCUUCUACUCUGCUAAUAUCUUUCGCUGCUGCAAAAAUAAAUAUGGCCUUGUUGCUCACAGCUAAGAAUGAGAGAAAUAUUCUGUAUGAUUUGAUGAAUAAUAUACAGAACAUUUUAUGAAUGA